CACACCUGAGCAGGUAGACUGCUGGAGGGUGGCGACGGUCUGUAGAGUCGCCACUGCGUCUCACCAGUCCGAGUACGUCGCUCGAGCGGUAAAGCUCACCACGCUUUGUUUAAACCACCCCAAAGGUGUCCGCGAGUAGUACCUUUUUAUAACGUAACUGUUCAGUAGUACCGUGUGUAGUGCUGGAUCUUCACUGUGGUGAUCAUGUGCGCAACGACCAUGGAUUAAUUUGUGAAAUUUACCUAGCACGCGAAGAAGAAGACUGGACAAACACGUUACUGCAGCGUAAUACAAAUGUGGAGCGAGCUCUGUAUCUCCGGUUAAACUAGACUGGCCACAGCCUGUCAAAAUGAAUCUGGGCGCCGGCGCCGUAUGGUUCGCCAUACUCGCCGCGCUACAGAUCUGCCGGCGCAGUUCGGCUACCUCAAAUACCAUAUCCUCAUCCAAAGACCUCCCCAAAGAAGUGCUGCAUCAGGUCGAGAGCAACCUCAUGUCGCUUUUUGGCUUCAGGACAAGGCCGAAGGUGGAUAGAAGCAAGCUGGUCAUACCCGAAGCCAUGCUGAAAAUGUACGAAAAGCAGAUGGGGUUUCCUUUGGACACCGCGUCCAUCCCUAAGGUUGGAUGGAACACCAAGGGGGCGAAUACUGUUAGGAGUUUUACUCACAUUGUGAGCCCCGUGGACCAAAGAUUUCCCGGCCACCACAAAUUCCGGCUGAAGUUCGAUGUGAAUAGCAUCCCAAAAGAAGAAAAGCUUGAAGCAGCAGAACUGACUCUGAGUCGAUCGAAACUUCAUUGGACGACAGAUAAUGAAAAGGAGCAUUUCCAGAGGAUAUUAGUCAACGAUAUCGUCAAACCAGGAGUCAAGGGAAAACAUGGACCUAUCACAAGGCUGGUCGACAGCAAGCUGAUCGACACCCGAAAAAAUUCGACGAUUAGCCUGGACGUACUGCCGGCAGUACUCAGGUGGAUACAGGAUCCCAAACAAAAUCACGGCCUGCUGAUCACAGUCAAUGGAAUUGCGAGGAAUAAGACAAAACCGGCGCAUCAUAUCAGACUCAGGAGGAGCAUCGCACAACAGGGAGAUAGUACAGUCCAGAGUGAGUCGCAGGCGACCACAAGUGAUGACUGGCCCUCAGCGCAACCAUUGCUAUUGACGUAUACUGAUGACGGAAAGAACAUGCAGCGAACGGGACGCCAUCUGGCGGACAUCCCGCGCAGACGGCGAGCAACCAAGUAUAAAGGCAGACGUCGAGAAGAAAAGCGGGAACCGUGCGCUAGGCACAAGAUGUACGUCGACUUCACUGACGUGGGAUGGAGCGACUGGAUUGUCGCACCGCCAGGGUACGACGCGUACCAUUGUCGCGGCGAAUGCAGCUUCCCUUUGGCAGCGCAUCUAAACACCACCAAUCAUGCGAUCGUUCAAACACUCAUGAACUCCGUGAAUCCAACCAAAGUCCCUAAAACAUGUUGUGUUCCCACCGCCCUGAACUCCAUAUCCAUGUUGUACGUGGAUGAUGAGAAUAAGGUGGUGCUCAAAAACUACAAAGAGAUGGUUGUCAUGGGCUGCGGUUGCCGGUAGUCGCAUCAGUUAGAAUGACAAAUGACAGGUGACAGUUGAUUUGUGGGAUGAUUUCAACGGGUUCUUGUAUUGUGGAGAUGAUGUUUUGGACGAGGAAAAAGUUUAGCAAUCUGCUAUGGAGUUUACCAAAGUACUAAUAGUCCGGGAUAGCUUGUGCAUGGUAUGUCAACAAGUGCGUCUAGAUGAUGGUGCAAACUUGUGGUAUAUUUUCUAUCGUAAAAGUCAAAAACAAACAAUAACCGGAUUUUUGACCAACGUCUAUACGCCCUUGUUUAAGGUUGUAUAUGCAGUUGGAUUCCUGCAAAAUAUCCUUCUUUCCUAAAUUUAAUAUGACUCACAAAGCCGAAAAGUACAAAAACUAAAUAUUUUCGUCCAUUUCUCUAAGUUAUACCACAGAACCUACUAUUUGCACGUUUGUAAAUUUAUUCUGUGUCGACUAGUUCUUGAGAUACUCGAAUACGGAUAAUUCUUCAUAUGAUUUUAGAAGAGCAAAGACUUUUCGAUUAUGCAUAUGAGAAUUUCAUUUAUUUAUUUGAUUUCACCCAAAGCAUGCGCCCUCAAAGUUAGACGUUAUCAAAAAAUAUCCUACGUAGAACCAAAUAUAUUGUCGUCCAAAGAUCCGCUCACACAAGCCCGUCAUAUUUUUGCGUCUGUGAUUGUUUCUGAAUUUGAAGAAGCACCGUUUAGCAAUCUGUACAGAGUCUCCCAGUGAAUAUGUUUUUAUAAUGUUAUAAUUUUAUGAAUUUGAUAACAAUUUAACAUAGUUGUGCUUUUACAAAGAGCGACAAAUAUAAACAUCAGCCGCAAAUGUUUUUUAGAAGGGGUGGUGGGGAGGAUUGUUUGCUUUUUUUGAUGAAAUUAUUUUGUUUUUCCCAAAAUUGCCAUAAUUUGCCCUGAUAAAAGUUUUAAUAAGUAAUACAUAUACUAGUUGGAACACAUAUCCUUCGAUUCAUAAAUGUAAUAACCGAAUUUUGAAAGGAAAACAAAGAACCCACUUCACUCUCGAAGACCUUUGCGGCACAUAUUGUUAUGUUAGUGCAAACUUGCAAUAUGUUUCUGUCUGUGAUUUUACAUUUAUAGGCUUGUAUAUACUUUUUGUGUGGUUGUAGUAAUAAUAUUAUCAUGUGAACCGGAGUAUUUUGCUGGAGCUUGAACAGAUAUUUGAGAAUAUAUCACAUAAGCAUUUCUUAUGUAAAAUGUCGGCUAAAUAGUCAUUUAAGAUCGAGUGAGAAAAUUAAAUGUCUUGAAGAUGUUGAAAAGAUACGAGCUGCUCCAAUUUUUAGUGUUGCUACGAGUUGGAUCAGCCAGUGGUAAAAAUGACAAAUUUGUUUUUAGAAUCCCUGAAGAUUGUGGGUAUUGACAAAAAGUCGUGACAAUAAUGACCGAUGCAUUUGAAUGAUCAACUAUUUCCUGAACCAUGAACCUGGACGAAACAAUCCCAAAAUAAAGAAGACAAAUCAUAAUAUCUGUAUGUUUCGUUUCGUUUAUGGAAGAGUGAGUUUCCUGUAAAAGCCGUUAAAUAGCUUGGUUACCAAUAUUGCUCAGCUAGAAACAAUUUAUGUAAGCUUUAUAAGUCUACCCGAGCAAUACAUGGUAUAGUUUUGUUUAUUUGCAAGAAGGAUACAGAUACACGAUUUCAAGAAGGUAAGGUUACUGCACCAAUUUAGUAUCUGUCAAAGAAGGAUGGUAUCACGUCUUUUGUUCUGUCUAUACGUAUAAAAAAUAUAUGUUAAAAAAUUUUUUCUGGCAUCUGACAUCAGUGCGAUAACUCUGCCAAGGCAGGGAGAGGCUUCGAAAUUAGUUAAAGCAUAUUCCAACGUCUUUGAUUUUAGAAUUUAGACCUCACAUAUAGCGAUCAGUUCAAUGUAUCCCCAUGUAACACAUUCACAGUUGUAUAUUUGAAAGUCAAAUUUCCACUAUACAUUCUUAUUAGGAGUACUCGAAUAUGAUAUCUUAUUCAAAUUUCUCAGGUAUUUCGAUAGAUACAUAUCUACCGUGAGUGUACACACGCCUUAUAUACAGGGUUGGUCAUCAUUGUCAGGCUGUAUCAAUGUCGUUCGCAAUUUUUGAUAAAAUCUCCCAUGAAUGUCAAAACCUUGUACUUUCAAAGUAAUGUUCUCAAAAUUUCAUGCAAUUACUCUGUGUGCAAUAUCCGUAUCCUUCUUGGCAUAUGCAUCUGACAAUUGGUCAAAUGUAAAAUAUUAGUACCUGUAUAAGGAAUAUUUAUUUUAUUAAUUAUUAUUAUAUGAAAAUGUGCAUAUUGUACAUAGUUUUUAAAUUAACCAUAUAAAAUGCUGGAUUUACGUAUAUUAGCGAUAAUUAUACACGUAUAAGCCAGGUAAACACUUAAUUCUUGUGAGUCAUAUGCUGUUGAGGCAUCUACUAAUACAUAAAACUUGAAAUACGAGGGGUAUGGAAAAAUUACAAAUGACAUUUAACUGGAUAACCAUGCAACUUAGUAUUUAAAUCACACCAAUAUUGAGUUUUAGAAGUUUGCUUCGUAUUUACGAAAACACGAAACAUCUCAUAUCACACAUUUUGCAGUGUCUAACAUAUUUACGAGCUCUGGUCAGCUAUGUUGCAUCUCAUAGUAUAGAUAACGUAUUACUGAAUAUUCUUGCAACCCUCGUAUAUCGAUUUCACACCUGGUUUCAAUAUAAAAUAUAAACAACGUUGUUGUGAAAGCAUGCUUAAAUCUAGUGUUUUAUUAUACCUUGUACAUUAUAUAGGUAAAUACGUAUUUUGUAAAACUGUGUAAGCGUCUUUUGUACAAACUGUAUAUACAUUAAAGUAUUUUAUUAAUAUUA